GACUGGGGGUGGGUGGUUCUGGCUUGCCACGUUGCCGCCGGCAGCUCCGCGCAGUCCGACCAGAAGGGGGAGAGGUUCGGCAAAGUCCGGAAACGCUCGGCAAUGGCCGGAGGCGGCUUUUAAGGAGCGGAGCGACUGCCGGCUUGCCCUGCCCCGCCGUCGCUCGGCGCGAGGGGACUCGGCGUGGCCGCUGCCGCCUAGUCCUGCCGUCGCGCCGUGAGGGGAAGGGGCGCGAUGCUGGCCGACAGCCUGGUGGAGGAGUUCGAGAUCCGCGAGGAUGAGCCCUGGUACGACCAGCAGGACCUGCAGCAAGAUCUUCACCUUGCUGCUGAGCUUGGGAAGACACUACUGGACCGUAACACUGAACUAGAAGAAUCUUUACAGCAAAUGUGUGCAACAAAUCAAGAGCAGCUGCAGGAGAUAGAGUACCUCACAAAGCAAGUGGAGCUCCUGCGUCAGAUGAAUGAUCAACAUGCGAAAGUCUACGAACAGCUGGAUGUGACAGCAAGAGAACUAGAAGACACUAAUCAAAAACUAGUUGCAGAAAGCAGAGCCUCACAACAAAAAAUAUUGAGUUUGACAGAGACUAUUGAAAAUCUGCAAACACACAUAGAUGACCUGCAACGCCAGGUAGAAGAACUAAAAAAGACUGGACGAGGCCGAAUGAGCCACGAGAGAGCUGACCAGCCAAGAUCAAUGCAUAGCUUCUCAUGUCUGAAGGAGCUGUAUGACCUUCGCCAGUAUUUUGUUUAUGAUCAUGUGUUUGCAGAAAAGAUUACUUCGAUGGAUAGUGAGCUAAGUCCUCUAGAAGAAGAAAAUGAGAACUUAAAAAAGGCAGUUACAGUUCUACAAGCCCAACUUAACCUAGAAAGAGAGAAGAGGGUAACAAUGGAAGAAGAAUACAGUCUCAUGGUGAAAGAAAACUGUGACCUUGAGCAGAGACUUGUUGAUAGUGACUUGUAUAGGGCUCGUGCGGAAGAACUGGAAGUGGAAGUAGCUGAAAUGCGACAGAUGCUGCAGUCUGAAAACACAAUCCAUAAUGCAGAAAAAUUGGUGCCAGAAUCCUUUUUCAUUUCAUUCAAGGAAUCUUUAGAAAGAGAGCUUGCUCAGAGCCCAGAUGAUGGACUUCUGACCUUAUCGGAGCUUGAGAAGAAGGCGCUGAAACGGAGCAGCAGCGAGAACUUCCUAAGCAGUGCUGCAGGGGGAGACAUUCUAAGAGGCCACGAGGAAACGUGUAUUAGGAGAGCUGAAGCUGUGAAGCAGCGAGGAAUCUCUGUGCUUAACGAAGUUGACGCUCAGUACAAUGCUCUGAAAGUGAAGUACGAGGAACUUCUGAAGAAGUGUCAAAUGGAUGAAGAUUCCUUGAAACACAAAGCAGUACAAACGCUGAAGCAGUAUUCCAAAGACCUAAACGUGGGGAAUCCCCAGUAUGACCUUUCAGCUAGCAAUCCUGAGUUCACAAAUGUGGCGUUAAACGAGACUCCCACAAAUGCUCUUCCUGAAUAUAAAGCACUCUUCAAGGAGAUUUUUAGCUGUAUCAGGAAGACAAAGGAAGAAAUAGAUGAACACAGAGCUAAGUACAAGUCUCUCUCCUCUCAGCCAUAGUACUGAACUUGCUGAGGACUCGCUUUCUGUUGAUGACUGAUUUGUUAGACAAGAAGGGGGAAAACUCGAUUCAAAUGUCAGCAGGUUCUCUUACACGGAUGUAUUUCUUCAGCACUCAGAACUGAAUGUUUUGAAUUGGCUUGUAGACUUGUAGUUAACAAGCUAGUUAGUCGACAGCUAGUCUGUACCUGUGUAGCAAUAGAUUGAAUGUUCUUUAGCCCUGUCACACAAACUAGUGGUUAUAAAGCAAGCAAGCAUCAUAACGUAAUACUACACUACUAUUUCACACUAAAUCUCUAGCCAGAGCAGGAACUGACACUGCUUUCCUCAGUCCACUUCAAAAAGAAGAGCGCAAAGAAAUCAGUACUGUAUUUUGCACAGGAGCCAGGCUGAAGCUUCCUUUAGUUCACAGCAAUGCUCUAGCCCUGUAACUACACCUGUGCAGGAAAUCAACAAACCAAAGCCCCAGCCAGUAUCACGGGCAGCUUGUCCUGGUUUCUCAAGAAUGAAGUUAGCAGGCCUGCUGAAUUUGCUGUGGCAGGGAGGUAGAGAGCUGGCACUGUGGCCUGUGAUGUGUUUGGUUUAAGCCAAUACCACGCACUAAGCUGUCCCAUGGAUUAGUGUAAGUAUCUUCCUACUAAGAAAAGACUUGAUGUAAAGUUUGUGUGGCUUUUUAGGUAUGGUUUCUUAUGUAGGGCACUUUGUCUUAAGGCAGGAUACUGUGAAUUGAUUGUGUAUGUUGUUUGGGACCUACUGUUCUCCGGUGGAAUGUCUGCAAAGUACAUCUUAAUGUGUAUUUGGUAAGAUAGAACGUUGCAGUUUAGCUAUUUAAACUUAGUAGUAGCAUUGAUGUAGUGGAAUAGCUUUUAAUCUUACAUACCACAAGCUCCAAGUGCUUGAAGGAGAGAGAUGGGCCAGGUAAAACCUUAUCUUACUGUUUUGUCUAUUGCUUCCCACGUCGGCUUCUUUCAGGCUGCCUGCAGGUUGGGAGGAUAGACACAAUUCUGCCAGAACACAUUUGGCUGCGAACAGGGGACCAUGCUGUUUGUCCUCUCUUCCUCCAAUCCCUAUUAAUUCAUAAUAUGUAUUCCAAGCCUGGAAAACAAAGAACAUGAGAAGUAUGUUCUUUAAAACUGCUUCAGUGUGAAGAAAACAAAAGCUAAGCGAUUCAGGGGGUGGGGAAGGCACAGUGAUAGUGAUGGCCUUUUCCUUACAAAGGGGUCUUACAGCUGAAUUUGGUCAUUUGUUCUUGGGAAUCAACUUGUUGCCCGAGUUGCUGCGAUAGACCAAACAGCUGACACAGAAUGUUGACAGUUUCUCAGCUUUAGUUCAGCUGCUGCUGUUGCAGUUCUAUCUGCCUUAUGUUGUACCCUGUUCAGCUCGUGUAUAGUUGUCUUUCAGUUGCAGUAUUAAAAGUCUGUGUUGUGGGAGUUUCUCUGAAACGUGUGUUGUAUUCUGAAAAUUAUUUAAAAUGGGAAUCUGACUCUUGUGGGAGUAUUUUUCUAAGCAAAUGGAUAAGCCAGUCAAGCUACCUGUGUAACUAGGAAUUAUCUGUGCCACUUGAGAAACAGUGACCUUGGUGCAGAUGGCACCCAAGUUAUCUAAUCUUGCCCUCUUGUGUACAUAGCUCAGCUGGAAAGGCCAUUAAACUUGUAUUUUAGCAAGGUUAUGGUACAUGGAGAGGGAUAAGUCUGUCUCUAGAAGAAACUAAAUAGUUUCUCCUCACUCCUGUGGUAUUUGUCAGUACUUUAUAAAAAAAGGAGGGGGGAAACAAAAAGGCAGAGAAGUUUCUGUUCUGCUCUCAGGUUAACUGCAUUGUCUCCUAUUGUUUCCCUACCACUUGGAUCCUUAAUCACCUGGAAGUCUGCCCCAGUUCAGACACUGGAAAGCAGUAACCUUAAUUGAGAACAGCACACUGCUGUUGGUCACAAGUGAUUCCUCACCACUUCAGGGGGAAGCAGGAUCCACACCUGCUGCAUCAGAAGACUUGUAAAAACAAUUACAAUUGUUUGUUAAGUAGGUGAUCUUCAGUGGUUUGCUAACUGUUGGUUAAUGCAGAGCACUUUUGUAUAUACAAUUUUUAUGCUUUAAAAAUAGCAAAUAUCCACAGAACUGCUUGAUUCUUCCAUAACAUCACUUUUCCCUUGGCUACCUGUGCCAUGCUAAGAUCUGCCUGUACUGUACUUGAACACUUAACUGUACAUUCUGUGCAAUAAAAGACUUCAAGGCUG